GACUGGAGCAACAACGUCGAGCUGGAAGCCUUGCGGUAUCACGAACCCCGAUCAUUUGAGAUCCCCAAUCAAUCACGAGUUGCUCGCCAGCCUCACGCCUUUUUCCUCCUCCUGCUGCUGCUUGUCUGUUGCCUGUUUGUUUCUUUUUCUCACCCCCCGCGUUCCCCGGGCUGGCGAGCCGGCCGUCUCUUUGAUCCCUUGCCUGUCUUAACGGCAUCGAGCUUAAUCGUCCGCUCCUCCCUCCCUCCUCCCUCUAUGCAGUCACGAUAAUCGCCGCGACCGCCAGUCUUAGGGGCCCCAUCCAGGGCUUGCUGCCAUCAUGUCUUCCUAUCAUCCUCAACACCAUGCUCCCAAUUCCCAUGCCGCCCACGGCCAUCGACAGCCCCCGCAGUACAAUCCUGCUGCGGCAAUGCAGCACUCCGCCCCCGCUGGAACCUUUGUGCCGGGCACCAAGGUCCAGGUCGGGAGCCACCGUGUGGUCAUCGAGAAAUACCUCUCUGAGGGAGGAUUCGCCCAUGUCUAUGUGGUUCGACUACCGCAACCCGUCGACGGGACGGACAUUGCGGUCCUGAAGCGUGUAGCCGUCCCCGACAAGGCAGCGCUGGCCAACAUGCGGACGGAAGUGGAGACGAUGAAGAAGCUCAAGGGCCACCGGCACAUCGUGAAAUAUUUCGACUCGCACGCCUCUCAGUUGAAGGGAGGCGGCUACGAAGUCUUCCUGCUGAUGGAGUUCUGUUCGGGUGGGGGUCUGAUUGACUUUAUGAAUACCCGGCUGCAGAACAGGUUGACGGAGCCGGAGAUCUUGAAGAUCUUCACGGACGUUGCGGAGGGGGUUGCGUGUAUGCAUUAUCUCAAGCCUCCGCUGCUACAUCGAGAUCUCAAGGUUGAGAAUGUUCUCAUAUCGCUGGCUGGGAAGUCCGUGUGCUACAAGCUGUGUGAUUUCGGGUCAGCUGCCCCGCCGCGGCCAGCCGCGACGAGUGCCGCUGAGGGCCGGUUGAUCGAGGAUGACGUGCAGAGACAUACCACCCUCCAGUACCGGAGUCCGGAGAUGAUUGAUGUGUAUCGCAAGCAGCCGAUUGACGAGAAGAGUGAUAUCUGGGCGCUGGGAGUCCUGUUGUACAAAUUGUGCUAUUAUACGACACCUUUCGAAGAGGUCGGGCAGAUGGCGAUCUUAAACGCCAGUUACAAGUUUCCGGCUUAUCCUCCGUUUUCGGACCGCUUGAAGCUGCUGAUUGCCUCAAUGUUGAGAGAACAGCCGCAGAAGCGGCCAAAUAUCUACGAGGUCUUGAAGGAAUCGUGCCAGAUGUCAGGCCGAGAGGUGCCCAUUCAGGAUAUCUAUUCUGGCCGUUCCGUGUCUGAGGCACGUCGGUACCAGGAACUUCCUCCAUCGCCUACGGACGCACCUAGAGUGGGCGCCGUGUUUUCACCACCGGUUCAAGAGACCCAGAUAAUCCCAGAGAUUGCCCCGAUGCGGCGUGGACGACCUGCGAAGCCAACUUCACAGCACAACUCGGCCAGACCAAGUCCAUCACCAGCAGCGCCGCGAGCAGUGUCAAACGAUCCUUUUGCAGCGUUGGAUGGAGGAAAAUCGAAGGACCCUGUAGACGAGCUAUCUGCGCGGUUCCCGACGCUCGAUCAGUUUUCAUUGCUGCAUGAAAAGGGAAGCAAAUUCGACUUCGAGUCUACGGUUGUCGAGACAAAGCCGGAGCCGGAUGAUCUGUCACAGAGGGUUACCAAUGCUCUCGCUGACGAAGUCUUCGCCAAACACGCAACGCCGUCAAUGCCACCCAGGGAGUCGACCGGAAACACGCAGGCUCUCUCUGCCCCGACAGAGAGGGGACCGAAGGAGUCUCCUAGACUUGGAGGGGAAGCUGCUCCUGCUGCUCGACAGACACCACUUUAUCAGCCGUCCCCGCAGAAACCUGUCAUGGUGUCUACUGGUACCAUGACCACGCCGUCUCCGCCUCCAACUUCAACUUCAACUUCAGACAUCAAACCGCCCUCGAACCGGCCUAUCUAUAGAUUUCCACCGUCAGGCCAUGAACGCCGUUCAUCUAGUCAGCCAUGGGCGUCCGAACCCGGGAGGGCGCCCACUGGACAAGGAAGUGUACCUUCGCAAACGACGACCAUCCACAAGAUCGAACCGAAGCACAAACCGUCCUCUGAAGGGAUCUCUCAUUUUCCCGUUUCGUCGAGACCGUCCCUCGAGAUGUCUCGUCCCAGUCACCUGGACAUCGAUGAUCCGGUUUCUCGUUCAAAAUCUGCCAACUCUAAAGCGAGACCUCAGUCUGUCCUUGUGUCGUCGAGACCGGUGAACUUGGGAAGCGGGCGUUCAUCUAUGGAUUCGCCUAGAACUCCAUACGAGGAUGGGGCGCCGUUGCAGCACGCAUACACAAGUGUGGAGCAUCGUGACUAUGAUCGGAACAAUAUCUCGUCCGAUAUUGAUUACCUGCGUGCAAGAGAGGAAGAAGAAAACAACAGGAAGCGUGACAAACGCAUGGGUAGCGGCUCAAAGCAUGUCAAGCGCUCCAGUCUUACGUCCCUGUCUUUGUCGGGAACGAAGUCUCUGUUGGCUGGUAGAUUCGGAGAGGCCUUCCGGCGCUUUGAGCACAACGUUCCGGAGCAGGGCCAGGGUAGUCGCACUCCCUCCCCUGACGAGACUAACAGCCGGCUGCCGCCUAUCGCGGCCUCUGAAGCGGCGGACUUGAGUGGCGAAGGUGUGGGCGAGAACGAGGACGAUGUUUCGCCUGAGAUGCGCCGGGAGUUGGAAAGACGGCGACUGUCGCAGGAGGAGAAACGGGUAGCCAAUGCGGCGGCUGAAUAUAGGCGUCGGUUGGCGGAGAAAGGAGAUGGUGGUCGCAGACCUGAAGGCACUGCGCCUUCUAUUCAGAGUAAGGUCCAGUCUCUCCUUCAAGAAAACAACAAACCAGCACCACCGAAGACAGCUUCGGGGUAUGGACGAUACACUGACUCAGACGACGCUUUGCAGGCAAAGCAAUUCGAGUCACGCUCGGAACCACAGCCCAAUUCGCGACCCCUCUCGCGAAACCCUGGGCCCGUGUAUAACGAAUUCGACAAGCCGAAAUUACCUGCAAGGCCUAAGGAUGUGUCUGGAGCCCCCGGUGGACUCCCUAAACAGCAGACUGCGUCUGGUACAUUCGCUUCGGUGCAGCGCACCGGGCCACGUCCGGCAGCUCCUCCCAAGCCGAAGAACCUGCAGCUCACCGGCAAGUCUGAGACUCCCUCGACAAGCGGUAAUAUCGAAACCCCCAUCAGUGGCACCACCGAUGAAUGGGAGGAGAGCUUCAGCAGACGUUAUCCUAGUCUUUCCGGUCUUGAGCUGGUGGAGACGGAGAUUGAUAUUCCUAGACUCCCUAGCAUUCGGACCCGGGAGGUGUAGAAGAACUGCCUUUUUCUUUUUGUUCUUUCUUUGUCACCAUAUCAGCGUUGGUGUUGUUGCUUCGAGGAGCAUUUAUUGCAAGCGUUGUUCGCUGCCAGUACAUAUAGCCUUUGCAGACUGGUUGCCAUAGACAUAUCGUUGGGGUAGGCAACUUAUCGCGUUAAUUCUCUGAAUAUAUAUAUAUCCGAUCACUCC